CAGUCGAGCUCCGACCGCCACGCGGGUCGGACGUAUGCUUGGAUGGGAGAGCUCCAAUACCCCGGCGCCCCUAGCGUCGACGAUGACCGCCAGUACCGCGCGCCCUUCCGCAGGGCUCCACAGUACAGGUGGGGCGCUCCGCAGCCGCCGCAGCCGUCGGCCUUCGCCCCGUGGAGACGCGCACCCGCUCCGCCGCGACCCCCGGACUACAGGCGCACUGUUUCCUACCCCGGGAAGCCGGACGAGCCUUACCAGGAUCGAGGCGGUCUAGACAACAUGAGAUCUCUAGAACAUUACCUGACAGACAUCAUGCGUGCUGACACAUCGGAUCAUAUGAAAGGCAAGUCGCCAUUCUUCCCCGGCGUGGAGGAAGCGGGGGUCGCGAGCGCGGCGGGUGCCGGCUCGCCGUCUGGCCCCGCGGACCAGACCCAGGAUGUGGUAUCCAGGCUCAGUGCUGCUGGACUCUCGAUGUGCGUGAGCGCACUAGGUUCGCCGGCGAGGUCAUCCCCUGUAUCUGCCGGCUCGGAGCACGGCGAGCGGUUCAGUCGGAAGGUGUUCGUCGGCGGACUGCCGCCUGACAUUGACGAAGAUGAAAUCACAUCAUCGUUCAGACGAUUCGGCCCCCUGGUGGUGGACUGGCCGCACAAGGCCGAGAGCAAAAGUUAUUUUCCGCCCAAGGGAUACGCCUUCCUGCUAUUCCAAGACGAGAGUUCAGUAGCAGCUUUAAUGGAGGCUUGCAUCACAGACGACGACAAGUUAUACCUCUGCGUGUCCUCUCCCACGAUCCGGGACAAGCCGGUGCAGAUCAGGCCCUGGAGGCUAGCUGAUGCGGACUUCGUGCUGGACGCCAGCAUGCCCCUCGACCCCAGGAAGACGGUGUUCGUUGGCGGUGUUCCACGCCCUCUGAAAGCGGUGGAGCUUGCGAUGAUAAUGGACCGGCUGUACGGUGGCGUCUGUUACGCGGGCAUAGACACGGACCCGGAGCUCAAGUACCCUAAGGGAGCGGGUCGCGUGGCAUUCUCCAACCAGCAGUCUUACAUAGCGGCCAUUUCGGCGCGCUUCGUUCAGCUCCAGCACGGGGAUAUUGACAAGAGGGUCGAGGUGAAGCCGUAUGUGCUGGACGAUCAGAUGUGUGACGAAUGCGCCGGGGCCCGCUGCGGCUCCAAGUUUGCGCCCUUCUUCUGCGCCAACGUCACUUGCCUGCAGUACUACUGCGAGCACUGCUGGGCGACGAUCCACUCUCGCCCCGGCCGUGAGUUCCACAAGCCCCUGGUGAAGGAGGGAGCCGACCGCCCCCGCGCCGUGCCCUUCCGCUGGUGUUAGAGGGGCUGAGUGGGGGAGGGGGAGUUAGUAGUGUGUGAAUUUGGAGGGGGGAGUGUUUGCCCCACUGCUAGUAUUUGAAGCGUGACAUAGGGAAAGGGAGAUUGUGUGGGGUUUAGGGGGAGAGGGAUGGAUGAAACUGAG